AGUGUUGCCGAGUCGGUCGUAGCUACUGCUACGCUUCGUAGCGCAUCUCUGUAGCUACGAGCGCGCGUAACACCGCGUACUACGGUACAAGUUCUAGUGACGUUCCUGUGAUACGCAUAAGUGAAGUGCUGUGGUCAGUCGUGAUAUAAGUGUGUGUAUCACGGUAUAACGUGGACAGCAUAAUGACGAACGUUGAUUCCAGUGAAGUGUAAUGUAGUUUGUUUGAAACAGCAAUGGGGUUCCCGUGCUUAUGUGUUUUCGCUUUCGUCUUGGCGCGGAUAUCAGAUACCAUCGCCUUAAGAGACGUGCAGCUGAUAGCGCCAUCUGCCGUAAAACUCGGCGACACAGUACUCCUCGGUUGCAAAUGGACUUUGGAAGGCAACGAAACUUUGUACAGCGUAAAAUGGUACAGGGGAAGGCAGGAAUUCUUCAGCUAUUUACCUAAAGAAUAUCCCUUCACGAGGAUCUUCGCGCAGCCUGGUAUAGACGUAGACGUGUCAAGGUCGACGUCCCAGCAGGUCGUGCUACGCGAUGCGACGCGAGCUCUCGCCGGCAGGUACCGCUGUGAGGUGUCAGCCGACGCACCCUCAUUCCACACUCAAGUCCGCUCCGCGUAUAUCCACGUUGUUGAAUUACCUCCAGAGAAGCCGAUCAUCAAAGCUGAGAAAGGCUGGUAUGCGUCUGGAGAUUCUCUACGAGCACAAUGUUCGUCUCCGCCGGCAGAUCCUCCAGCGAAUCUUACCUGGUUGUUAAACGGAAGAGAUAUCCAAGGCAAGCCUGUAAUUCAACAGAGAAUCCUGCCCAGCCCAGUAGUUCUAAUUCCUUCGAUAGACACGCCACAGUCUUCCAGAAAUCUUCCGGCCGGAGAAGAAAACACUAACAUUAUAUUCAGUCCAUGGAAAGCGUUUGGUCCUUUUGUGGAUACUAUACAGGAUGGCGAGUUGCUGCCAAGUCAAGACAGCGUCGUAUUACCGACGCCUCGUCACUCUGACAUUUCCUUUGACGACGACACCGGAGAUCAAAUACCCACUACACAAACUUCGAAUAAGGUGGCGUCAAUUAGCCAACUGUCGUUCAUGGUUAGACCGGACAGCUUCGAGCGAGGCCAGCUACGGUUGACCUGCAUAUCCAGCGUCCACUCCGUCUACAGCGAGCAGGCGGAGCUGGUCAUCAAUGAGGAACGGCCGCAGAUAGCUUCUGUUCUUGGCACUAGAGACAGCGCUGGAGGUCCAGCGUCCGCAUCGUCCGUACUCAUCUCGUUUUGCUGCGUCACCAUCACUACAAGUAGCUUAUGGCACGUUCUGCGAUGAUGUCUGGCUUCGGACCGAGCCCUUUGAGUGGCGCUCAAGAAAGUAUUGUAAAUAAACACGAAGAAAAAAAUAGUGGAAGAUUUUAUGUAUACGGUUCUGGAAGAAUCCACUAUCGGUUUAUGUGGAACCAGUUUUUCGCGAACAUUCGAAUAAUUUAUAUUCGGUUUGGUUCAUAAUUAUAUAGUGUAAAAAUGGUCAUCAGUUCACGGAACUAGUGGACGAUUAAUUUCAUUGCAAAUAUUAUUCGUUUUAUUAUUUAUAAGGAAAGGCUUUAUUAGACGGAAUUAUUUUUCGUAAUCCCAAAAUCGAUUCACAACAACGAUCUAACCAAAAAAAAAUACAUUAAAAUAUUAAUUGAAUAUGUAAAUAUAUAAUAACAAAACAAAAAUAUUCUUACUAAAUUAUGUGAUCUGUAGUGUAUAGUAGGAAAAAUCGAUAUGAAUAUAAUAUAGGGAUGUCCCCAGCACUGGUCGAUGUGGAGUAAACAAAACAGAUCGUCUGCAAGUUUAUGGUUGUGGUUCGUCGACAUAAUAUGUUUAAUGAAAUAUACAAAUUAAGUUAUCUUUAUGAACUUAUGACUAACAUUUUGAGUACUGACAUAUAGAAUUUACAAUUAAAUUGAUGCAUUUACAUCUGAAAAUGAAGCCGAGUAAAAUUACCUAAAAUAAUCGAAAUAAUUAAAAUCGAUAAUCUCGAUUCUGUAUUACGAUAUUUUAUGGUUCACGUUAUUGGAUCCAACGUUUGUCACUGUCACACCGACCAAUGUUGGCCAAAUGUAUAAUAAAAAAAUACUAAAAUAAAGUAGUGUAAUCAUUAGUGAAACUUGUGAAUUACGUUAAUUUCUGGAGUUUAUUGGAUGUUGAGAAAAUGGAAUAUGUCUAAAUUAUUCGUUGUGUUUGCUUUCAAAGUACUAUUUAUAAGCCUAUUUAUAGUGUAGGAAUAGAAUUUUCUCUUACUCAGUUUGCCUUAAAGAUACUUUAAUCAAACACUUAUUGGUUAUUAAAUUAAAUUAUAUUAUUGUUUUUCCUUUCUUCUGCCACGGAUCUGGACUCCCUGUAAAUGACUAUAAAAACAUGUGACGAAAAUAAAUUCAAUCCGAAUACUAACAUAAACUGCUUAUUCCUGCCGGGAAGCUAACAUGUUUCCCGGUUUGGAAUCAAGAAAAGACGUUCUACCAAAGCAUUUAAGUAAAUCUUGUGUAUCAAAAGCAAUAUCUAAAAGCUCCCUACAAUCACACGGGCUGAAUUCACCUAACCUAUCAACGCUAAAUCAAUAUGGUACAAAAUCCAAUUAGGAAUUGUCCUAUUAUAUUUUGUGCUUUGCCGACUGCAAACGCGUUAUAAAGAGAAGGAAAAAUGUCGAUAAUAUCACUUGAUGAUUUCAAAGAUUCAAUGCUACUUUCAUGCUAACUUCUAUUAUUCAAUGCUAAUUAAGGAAUAAAUAAAUAAAAUAAUUAGCGGUCAUACUGUAAAUUAUCGAGUUUAAUUAAUAUUUAUAUUUAUGUAAAAUUUUGUGUAACAUAGAUGUAAUGAGUAUGUAAUGCCAAAAAUAUGUGUGCGUUAAUAUUGACAUUUUUUUUUUUUUGAAUCAACUUGUUGUGACUCCAUUUCUUAACCGUUGAUAUUGUUAGAAAUUCAGCAGAUUAGCUGCCACAAAAUUAUACUAUAUGAUGUAAUAUAAUAUCUUGAUAACAUUCUUGAAUGAGCGUUUAACUCCAACAAAUUCAAUAGCCCUUAAUUUCCUAAUAAUCUUUCAAUUAAACAUCACAUCCUCGAAUCGUACCUACGUAUGAAGUAUUAAUAACUUUAUAGUGAAUGUUAAUUAUCUCUGUACAUAUAAUAAUAUAUUUGUAAGAAACGGCCUAGAAAUAUAACAAAUUUACCAAAAAAACUGAUUAUUUUCCUUAGACUGUUAUAAGAAUACAUAUGAAAUUGACCCUGGACACAUCUAUAUAUAGAGAUAAGCAAAAAGGCUUAACGUACACAAAGCGCUUAAUGAGGUAUCCAGGAUCAUAAAUUUCAAACUUUUGUGCUAUUUUACAACGCGUUAUUUUUAGAUGUCGAAUUAUGUAGUUCCAAAAAAAAUUUUCGACUCGAUCGUAAAGUGCAAAGAUUAAACUUGAGUUUAAGCUGUAUAAGCAUUUCAUUCAUAUACUCGUUGUCUGUGGUUUUUUUUACCGCGCAAACUGAGCACUGCGUGACACGUUAAAGAUAUACGCUUUGAAUUUUUAUCCCAAUUUAUAUUAUUUUAAGUCUGUAAUUCCCGAACAUGGUCCUUCGAGCCGGAUUUUGAAGAUUUAGUACCAGUAAGAUAAAUUAUUAACCAGAAGGUAACGAGUGGAUUAUUAUCUUCCCGAACACUCGUAGCAUAUGAAUUCUUCCUCGUAUACCACGUUGAGAUUAAAUGAUAUAUGCUCAUUGCGUUUCUGUUCUGUAGAAUAAUUAUUAGCCUAACAAGCAAGUUUUGGAUGAGAAGAUUUGUGUCCUUACGACGCUUAGGGAUAUGUGGUAGCUAUACCAGCUAUACUACUGCCAGCUGUCAAAAAUCAAUUUUUCUUGAAGAAAGGUUGAGCUUGGAUUAAUAAUAAUUGGCAAUAGGAUUUUGUGGGAAGUUCGAUCGUAUAUAAUGUGAGAAUUAUGACGUAGGAAGCAAUCAGAUUUCAAUUUAUCUACUUAGAUUAAAAACGAUGGUAAUCAAUAUAUUCAAAGGCUGGUUUGAAGUGGAAACGAAUAUGCCGGUUUUAUAAUUUGAGGUCACAAAACAAAAAAUAAAUACUUUGUUUUUAAAAGCGAGUCAAAACAAUACAAUGAUUGGAGUCUCCUUUUAAGCGUGCAAGCCUGUACUAGGAGAAGUUUGCUAAAUAGAAAUUCUGUUACAGGACACGAGUUAGUUUUAUAAACAAUUGGGAACAUCAAAAUAAAUUGCUUAUUAUUAUUUAAAUUUGAUGUUGAAAUCACAAUUUUACCAUGUGAAGCGAUUGCUGAAAAUUAUGACGUCAUCUGCUGGCAAUCUUCCUCUAAAUCCCACAUUAUUGUAUGUUAAGCUGAUUCAACCAAAAUAAACCAUCAACUUACAAUUAAAAUAUUGUGUAUGUAUAAACUAAUUAAAUAAAUAAAUAAAAAUUACGAAAAAAAUUAUGUAGACAAUAUUAAAAAUACGGUAUGUAAGUCACAUUGGCAUAGUGGUCUAAAAGAUUUAAGUGACUUUUGUGUUACAUUAAGAAACGUUAAGAUGUAGUAAGGACGUAAAAUAGAAUUUUUCGUUUUGUAUUCAAUAAAUUUUUAUACGAACGAAUCCUUGUUAUUUGUUUUUUUGCUCAAAUGUAUGUGUGUUGAUUUUUAUUAUGUCGUAUAAAUAAAUUAUUAUAUAAAA